CGCGGGCCGGCCGGGUGAGCAGCCCCAGCGCGCACAAUGCCCUUUAUUGACGCGGCGGGUGACGCGGGGCGAGCCGGGGGCCAUGAGCAAGCAGGAGCACAGACAAACAGGCGCUGGAGCGAGCAAGCAGGCGUGUGUCCGCGGCGGGGCCCACGAGCGCCCAAGGCGCUGCCCUGGUGGCGGGGCGGUGGCCGGCUCGGCUGACCUCCCGCCGGGCAAAGUGAAGGCAGUGUCAGAAGCAUCCCACCAGGCUCCCAUGUAAGGAAACUACCGUGACACUCGCCAUGGCGUAUGGCCUGCCGAGAAGAAACACAGUACAAACCAUUUUGAAAGGGAGCUGUUAUAAUGUACAGGAACCAUGGGACCUUGCAGAGCUCACAAAGAUCUGGUAUACAAACUUAACGAAUGUAAGGUUGCCUUUCUUGGGAGAAAUUGCGUUUGGUAAUCCUGUGAAGCUCAAGAGAUGUGAAACCAAUACGGAUGGCAUGUUACCUUCAGUGCAAUCCAUCAGAGUGGAAGAGGAAUGUGAAUUAAAGCGUCUCACAAAGCUGAAGCUACAGGAGGCAGCACGGGAGGAGAUUCAGGUGUCCCUAAGGAAAAAGAAAGCUGGCUUGAGAAGACCACUCCAGCCCAAGUGAUCCCAGCUGAAUUCGAACCUGCUUUUGGCAUCCACGGGAUGAAGGUCUCCGACUCUGUCGCUGUGUUCAGUGGAUACAGUGGUGCCUAUGGGUGACUGGCCUGGUGGACCCGGCAGCAGAGCCCUUGGGCUCCUGUUACACUCUUGUGUCAUCCAGCAGCCCUCCCUGCAAGUAGAUGAAAAGAGCGCCUGGAAUCGAGUCAUUGUGUGUUACCUGUUUGCUUCAGUGCUUACGUAAGAGUGCGUGGGGGAAGGACAGGCCUGGUGAGGGGGCGCUCUGAAGAGACGUUGAGCGUGUGUCUUUGAGAUUUCAAGGAGCAUUUCCAAAACAGAGAUCAGAAAAAAAGCUCUCUUAAAAAAAAAAAACGAUAAAA